ACUCAUUGCUGGAGACCCCAAGGACUAGUAUUAACCGACGGCCUACAUUGCAGCUCACCUGGCGGGCCAUUGCUCUGGACACUGCUACACAUCGCCUUCGCUCCCGUUUAUUUGGAAAGCUAGAGGUCAAUUCUCUGAGCCGUUGUACCCUGCACUGCGCGACGUCGGCCUUGCGGGCCUCACAUCUCCAUUAUGUCUCAAUCUUUGCGUCCAUACCUCCAGGCCGUCCGAGUAUCCCUGACAUCCGCUCUUGCCGUCUCGAACUUCGCUUCCCAGACAUCAGAAAGACACAAUGUACCGUUGAUAGAGAGUGCCGACAGCCCCGAGCUACUGCUCAACCCCCUGACCAUCUCCCGUAACGAGAAUGAGAGAGUCUUCAUCGAGCCCAGCGUGAACAGUGUCCGCGUCAGCAUCCGAAUCAAGCAGGCAGAUGAGAUCGAGCAUAUCCUGGUCCAUAAGUUCACUCGGUUCUUGACACAGCGUGCGGAGUCGUUCUUCAUCCUCAGGCGCAAGCCGGUAAAGGGCUAUGACAUCUCGUUCCUGAUCACCAACUUCCACACGGAAGCCAUGUUGAAGCAUAAGCUAGUCGACUUCAUCAUCCAAUUCAUGGAAGAGGUGGAUAAGGAAAUCUCAGAAAUGAAACUCUUUUUGAAUGCCCGUGCUCGUUUCGUCGCAGAGUCGUUCUUGACCCCGUUCGAUUAGCUUGCUCUGUAAUGCCUCUUCGUUGGUCCUCUGAUUGAUACAUGACCUUGGCCUCUUUCCCCCCCUCUUUCUCUAGAAGCGACUACUUGUACAGGCGAUCUGGGCUGGUAUCGAGAGUCACUGUGUGCUCGAUCUCGAUGCCUGUUCCCUCCCGCAAUCACACAUAUUCUAUUUCGAAAUCAAAGCUAUAGCGAUUAGUC